AUGAAGCAGAACUUACCACCUGGAAUGGAACAUUUCUACCGUUAUGCAACAUUCUCCACGUCGCAGGAUGUUUGCCAGAGUCCUCUACGUGCGUUACAAAGAGACAUAUCAUUCUCUCCAAGGGGUUCAGCGAACGGGGAUGGAGAAAUUCGUCCGAUCUACGCGAAUCAGUUGCAACAGCUGGAAUGUCUUAUUCGCACGCAGCGAGAUUUCCAGAAACUCAUGAAAACUAACUACACAUCUUUGUUAGACAAGUACAAAAAUGCCAUGAGUGAAAUUGAACUGUUACGGAAACAAGUCACAGCUGUCAACUUGAACAGACUUGCUCAGGAGAAGACCAUUUUGGAACGUAAGUUUCAUGAACAGAUUCGAGCACGGAUGGUUCUGGAAAAUAGGUUUCGCACACUUCUUCAAGCAUUACGUGCAAAAUGUUCAGCCCUGGAAAAGUCCCAGAAAAAGUUGUUGACUUGUGAACAAGAGCGUAACGUUUUCAAAGCAGAAUUGGAGCAACUAAAACAAAAGAACUCAGUCUUGGAACAACGCUUGACGGACGCGUUGGCUAAUCAACAAAGCAGUCUGUCUCACGAGUCCUUUAAUGAUGACGAGGAUAGUACUCGGCAUAGUACCUAUUAUAGUCACAAUGGUCUCAUCCCCCGGAAAGUGACAAUUCAGCGCUCCUACGAAGCACUCAAGAUUCUUCUCAAUCUUCUAGUGCACAAUUCAAUGCCUUCCAUGGUUUCCAAAGGUCUCCCUUUCGGAUCCCGAUGUCCUAUGCAACUAGGCACUGUCCGCCUUGAGCCUAAAACCACAUGGGAUCAAUUGGAUGCACGUGUGGGAACAAUUCUGAGUAGCUUCGCGCACAAGAUCGCUGAAGCGACCGAUGGAAACCGGUUCUCAAAUGUUUUGCGAUCCAUAAAUGGAACCGAUAGUUUGCUCGUCUCUCAAACAUGCAACGGUCAGCCGAAGUUAGAUCAGUCCGUGUGGAAAUCAAAUGUCCGAUUUGAACUGGGUGAGCUUCAGUGGUUCAUGGGAUCUCCACCAACCCAUAAUUUGUUGAGUAUUUACAACCUUCAGUUCUGUUCCACUCCAUUCGAUCUCUGCAUGGGUCUGCGGUCAUCCUCAUCCAGUUUAAAAACAAAUUCCUCAGAUCGGUCAACUACUGAAGAGGCACAAUCGCAACUACGACAGGAGAUCGUACUGACUUUGGAUUCAAUCACUGAGGUCUCCAUGCAAAGCGGAGUCUCAACAGCUUAUCUCCGAAAAUACUUGGAUGCUGUGAGUCUUUGUCCAGUGAUUGUUCUAAUGCAAGUUUGA